UCCCAUGAAGCCCCCUGAAUCACUGUGACACAACAAUUUGAAAGCUGAGAAAGUGCCAGCGAGGGAAGCAUUGUUUUGUUGGCCUAAAUAGACGCGAAAGCUUUGUCUUGCCGAUUUGUUAGCUUUCUCUUUCAUCAUCUUACCAAUAUUUUCACACUUGCUGGCAAAGUUUUAGCUGAGAAUUCAGGUUGGGAAAUAUAUUUGGCCGAUUCAACAGCGGGAAAGAGACUUCAAUCGCCACUUUUCUAAACUAAAUACUAAGCACAAUGGUAAACUCUUGCAACUCGAGGUCACCUAUUCUUUUGGAUACACCAGAACGACCAACCGGCACGGGGGGAAAUACAACAGUAAUUGAAAUACCUGACAGUAAUGAACGAAGUCACCCGAGAAGAAGACGUCUCGAGUCUGUGGAUGGUGUCAUCAUAGCUGAUAACUCAAAGAGAGCCCGUGUUGAUGUACCCGUUAUUGAUCUGACCACUGAUAAUGAAGACGAGAGCUCCUCCGUUGACAAUAACGCUGACAGCCAAAGUUUCCUUCGAACCCUCGAAAGCUCGCCAUAUUACGCUGAGAUCAUGCGUGGUCGCUUCCUCUCAGACCAUAACAGAUUACGUAUAAGACGAGCUAUGUCAUUACGUCAUCGUCAAUCAUCACACCACGCAAGUCAUCCAGUGGAAGAGCGUCAUAAUGGUAGUGUUACCUCAAGAGGCGAUACUGCGAGAUAUAAUCAUUUCUUGAAUAAUCUUCGUGUUGAUAAUUCCGAGCCAACUAUCCUUGUUGAUGAUGAUGAUUCUUCUGGUCAGCCUGGGGUUGCUGGUGAAUUUUCCCGCCCUAGCUGUAGUCGUAUUAGUCCACCAAGAUUAACAACAGACACUGACAAUAUUAGACCACAUUUCCUGCCUAGAAGUGAAUGGAGUCGACUAUCCACUCAUUCAAAUCUUCAUUCCCAGGAAUCUCACGAGGGACACAAUGAAAGACGUCGUGACGCCAGUCACCAGAUACGCGCCGUUCGACGAAAUCAAAGACGACUCAGAGAACAAACAAGACAACUUAGAGAACGACUUGAACAUAUUUCUUCUCCUUUUACGUCUUUCUCAGAUGCUGCUGAAAACUUUGAUAGAAGUGUUCAGAACGGAGCGCCUGAACGUCAAGAAACUGGAGUACAUUCUAGUGUUUAUACAAGGCCUAACCCAACAAUUGAAACUAACCCCGUUCGUAUGAAUCUUCGAACGUCACCUCCUUUGGAAAGAGAAUUGCGACCAUAUGAUAUACCAGAUCUCAUGUUGCCUGCCUUGCUAUCCUGGUGGGGUCCAGAUUCGCGAUUACGUCACUUUGGUGACGGUGAUGAGGAGCGUGAGGAUUACGAGGCCUUGUGGAGUUUGACGGAAAGAUUGGGUCAAGUUAAACCAAAGGGUCUGUCCAAGGGUGAGAUGGAAGUCAUCCCAGCGUUUCGCUACAGCGCGGCUUCUAAAGAUUCCUCGAAUGGAUCUUGUGUUGUUUGUAUGAUGAACUACUCUAAUAAAGAGAAAUUACGACGAUUGCCAUGUAAUCAUGAUUUCCAUGCCAAGUGUAUUGACAGAUGGCUUAAGAAUAACCGAUCUUGUCCAGUGUGUCGAAAGGAUGUCACAACCAAAUAGUUUGAUAGUGGUGGUGAUGAUAUAAUGUAUAUAUGAAGAGAAUAUUCUCGGAAAUUCCAAUUCUAGUUCUACGCACUUAGCUAAUGCACAUAACAAAUAUAUCCCAAAAAUAUAAUAGACAUCUAUUAAUGGAAACAGAAGUUAAAAAUUUUUUCUUUUCAGAUCAAAAUUGUAAAAAUAUCGUUUCAUAUACUUGCUACUUGGUGUAAGUUGAGUUUAUAAAGUGUUAGAAUUAAAGUUUAAUAUAGCAGCAAUAUUAGUGACUGUAAAAUAGCUGGGUAUACAUUUUUGUACUAGCGGACUAUAAUAUUUGGAAACGCUGCUUGAUGUGGUAAUGUAUACAUAGCAUUGAUAUUCCUUUUGAUAUAGUUAACUAGAUAUAUCGUGAUAUAUAGAGUGUACCAAACGUGAGUAACCAAACUUUUGAAAGAACCUAGUAUUCUCAGGCACAACAUUUUAUGCUUCUAGUAUGUAAUAAAGGUUUAUUUUUGUUACUCGUAGUGUUAACAUAGUGCACAGUCAUUAAAGAAAAUCCUUCAAAUAUCACUUCUUUGGGAAGAAACCCUGUAUCAAAUCAUUGAAAGUACAGUGGUAUAUAAACCUAUAGAAUCUGUUUGACAUCAAGGCUGUGACAGCUUAGUGUGAGGAGUGAAUCAACAUAGUUUCAAUUAAAUUUUCCGCAGUUCCAACAUGGCCGCUUAUGCCUUAGUCGAUUCAGGCGGUUUGUUUGGAUGUGAAGAUGACAUAAUGCCUCCAGAAUUUGGGGUCUAGAAGCGUCGUUUGGCGUGCACCUCAACUUUAAGUUUAAGCACAAUAUGUUACGUGCCUGAUCAUACUACAGUCGUUAAAAACCCUCUUCAAUUAUUGUGUAUUGCGCUUUACAUUGUGAAUAUUCAAGAUGGUUGCCUUCUGCUAAACCAUAAUUCAAAGCGCCACCAUUUUGAAUAGGAGGGAAACUCGAUUUGCAAACAUGUAAAUAGUUGGUUGGCUAAUAAAAAUAACCAUUAUAUUAAAAAGCUGCGAGCAU